UCAAUUGUCUUCAAUAUGGGCCCGCAAGGAGUCAGUCGGCAUACUGGAAGCGCCAUCUGGCCAUUUUGAAUGGAUACGUAAUACCGCCGGAACCAAGGCCGGUGCCGCCACCGCGGGAAAUUUACGUGACAACGCCCCCACUUCCACUAAAAUUAAGUGUACGGCCACCGGCAUUACCGCCACGUAUGCCGCGCACGAAAGCGCCACCACCACCACCACCCCCGCUAAGAAAUUUCGUUAUACCGCCGGAACCGAGACCGGUGCCGCCACCGCGGGAAAUGUACGUGACAACGCCACCACCGCCAGUACUGCCUCUAAUGUCCCGCACGAAAGCGCCACCACCACCACCCCCGCUAAGAAAACGUUUUCACUUUCGACAACUUCCGAAUCCACCACGUAGAACUAAAUCUUCUACGUGGUGGAAUCAAUUAAUUUUAAGAAAAUAA